UCACCUAUCUGGCACGUGCAAGAUGGGACCGGCCACGGAUCCGACGGCCGUAGUCGACCCCAGAUUGCGGGUGCAUGGGGUCGGUGGCCUGAGAGUGGUGGACGCGUCGAUCAUGCCGGAAGUGCCAGCGGCUCACACUAACGCCCCGACGAUCAUGAUUGCCGAAAAGGCAUCCGACAUGAUCAAAGAAGACUGGGGCAUACUGACGUAGUAGAUAAUUUCGAGCGGUAAUAGUAUUAUAAUCAGUGUUAAGAAUAUUGAUUUAAGUGACUGUCACCAAUUGAGUUUUAGAAGUGCCAACAUUUAAAAUGUCUAAUUUUCUUCAGCGUUGGCCAUUAUUCCUUCUCUAUGAUUCUCCAUAAAUACACGUAUGUAUUACAUAACACGUUUGGUGUUGAAGGGUACCUAUUUAAUAUUUUUAUGAAUUAAAAGAAUUAGAGAUCACUGGUAUUUGUAAAUGGCUUUUGCCAUGUAUACCAAUAAUAUACAUCCAUUAAUAGUAGGUAAAUUUACAUUAACUCCAAACAGUCCAAAAAUAUCCUACUAUACGUAUUGUGGUUUUACUCGAUAUAAUUUUACAUUUUUUUUUACAUUUUCUAUCGUCUUGUUUGGUAAUAUUUUAUGACAGGCAAA